AUGAAGGCGAGCGAAGAUGCAGCAAGUUUGGAGGCAGUCAACCGUACGAAAGUAGUGCUGAAGCUUCUGGAGGCAAAGGCCGCCUCCUCGAAUCUACCCCUGCCCAGCGGCGGCAAUGGAGAUGCUGCCGGAGGUACGGCCGGCGCCGUGGGCAGGAACCCUAGCGGGAACUCCCCCGGCGCUCGCGGCCACAGGUCACGCCGUCGCCGAGACCCCCACCACUCUCCACCCGAGGCUAUCAACGAUCGAAGAACAAAAAAUAAAGCUUCUGUCAGUGACGACAAGCGCGAAACGUGGGACAUGAAAAAGGUUCUACGGACGGCCACAGAGGCGUACAGCGACCGGGUCGGCCAGCAGGGGGGGGGAGCGACAAGGAUCAACGCGAACAGAAAGCCCGGGGCCGGCUGUGGGGCAACGGCGGUAGGAACAGGCGGAGAGAGAGCAAGGAUGUCUGCCGCCGCGCAAACGGUCCAGGUAGCGUUUCGGCAACGGAUGUUCCACCGGUUCGUCUGGGCGCAGGCCUAUCUGCGUGGUCCCACGCACGCGUAUGAAGUCUUCAAGCGUUGCCUUCCCAUGCCACGCGGCGGCGGCGGCGGCGGCGGCGGCGGCGGCGGCGGCGGCGGCGGCGGCGGAAAUUUCGCAAGCCCCGCCACGCCGCACCACCCCCCUCCUCUUCAAUCUACCGCCCUCGCUGACGUAGCCUCAGCCGCGGUAAACCUCGUCGACGCGUGGCCAGAGCUCCCGGGCUUUUGCCCGUCCUUCCCUCACCACGUCCAUUCUGCGGACCCGAUCUUUCUCCGAUACCUUCGUUCUUGCACUCGUGAGAGCUCUGGUAUCUCCUUCUCCAGCGCUACCACGACGGCGGAGGAAGGAGCCGCAACGGGGAGGGCUCCACCAACGGCGUCAGCGUCAACCGGGGCUGGGGUAUCUUCUCCUGGUCGUCCUCCGCAGCAGACGCAGCAGCAGCAGCAUAACCCGGAGUUUGGUGAGGCUUUCGAGCGAAAAUACAAUAUCCGCACGGCCGCUGUCCACGGCAUGUACGUUGACCUUCGGGUGCCGUUCCUCCCCGGCGCCCUCGACGCCGCCUUGGAAGACUUGGAGCAGAUCAUUGCGCGGGACGGCGCCCCUCCGCUUGAGGGGGGUGGCAAGAAUCGUCGUUGCAACGUGGACACCGUUAGCAACGGCGUACGGCUUGCUUCGCCACUCGGUGGUAGCGGUGGUGGUAUAGCGGUUGGCAAGGGCAGGGUAACACAGAAUCCCCACGGGGGCAGGUUGAGCUUUGCAAAGUGGUAUCCGUGGUGGAUUCGGCACCUUCCGUUCGAUCCUGCUUCUACCGGAUGCCUGCUGAAAACAGUGCGUUGCGCUAAAGCGCUUCACGCCUCAGAGAUCGCCAAUCACAAUGCUGCAAGACAGCUCUUGGAUAGGGAUAAAACCCUUUAG